UAUACUGCAAUAAAGAGUUUACUUUUAUGAUAUUCUUAUCUACAGACUGCCGUCGAGCUGUAAUAAAUGUUAAUUUAUAUAUUUAAAACAUUAAUACCUAUGGAUUUCCCAUGUAAGCUUUCUAGACUGCGUAUUGACAGCCAUGACAGCUUUCUUUAGUUAUUCCCUUUGGAGCUUUCAUCCCUUAGGCUAUUUGGAUUUUUUUUCUAUUUUGUGUGUUUUCUUUUGUUUGCUUGAAUUACUUCUUUUCUUUUAACUAGUCAUUGAUAUUUGUGGUUGUGAUAACUUUAUCCUGAAGAUUAAUUUAAUUUGGCGAAGUCCCACUGCCAAGGUGAAGAUUGAUUUGGAAUGAGAUUAAGCUUCAAAAAUGAAUGAAAGCAGUCGGCAGGGCUCUGUUCCUGCAGCCCUCCCAGCAGGAUAUGCAUCUGGUAUUCCCACAUCAGGAACUAAUGCAAGCUCAAGUGUUUUUCUGGGUCAAGAUUGGAUGGCUGGAUCUGGUGCUCAUAUUUCAGGACCAUACACUGUUCUGACUACUCAUUAUCCUUCUGAAUUUCCUUUAGAGUCAAUUAGACCAACUUUUUUCGCUCCAAAUUUUAAUUCUUCAUCUCCUCACAGUAUUAUUCAAAAUACAGUUUUAGAUGUUCAUGCUCAAGGUUCUCUCUUCAAUAAGUCAGUUGGUGAAACUAAUUUUACUUACGUUACAUCAAGUCCUUCUCAAACAUCAGUAUUUACAUCUGGACUUCAUACUCCAGAUCCUUCUGAGCAGAGGACUAAUGAAAUUUCAGUGCCAAAUAAUGAUGCCUCUGCUGAAGGACUUUCUGCUCGUUUGAUGUCCAAAAGUCCUAUCAAUAGUGUUGUAAGAACUGUACCAACUCCCAAUCCUCCUUCUCGGGAUGGAACACCAGCGGGUAAUGUUGGUUAUAGACCAUGGGAACAAAUGGGUGGUGGGGCAGAUCUGCAUAGCCAACCUUCCACUCCUCAAUCAAUAUCUGAGAUGCAAAACGAAUUGCAAAGACCCUCAAGUGCUCAAAGUGAAAAGUCAAUAAGUUUAAAGGAACCCGACAAUCGGCGGCAGUAUGGUAAGCAAGACUAUUUAUCCAAAUCAUCACAAUUAUCAGAUCCUAUACAACAACCAAGGUCUGUUGAAACUCCUGGUCGGCCACCAUCUUGCCUGUCAGCUGCAGCGAGUCCUGCUGACUUAAGAGACGUACAUAUGGUCGAUGAAGUUCUUGAUCAUGAAAGCUUUUCUCAAAUUCCCCCUCAUGCUCAAAAUUUUAACAGUGCACUUCCAGUAUCUCAAAGACUAAGUAACAUAAAUAUGCAGGUGCAACAAUCUUUACGACCAUAUCCUAAUAUGUUCUUCCCUAAUAAUAAUGCUCAAAUUCCAUCAUAUAUCUCUGGAUCUCAAAUGAUGGUUGGUUAUCCUGAAGCUAAACUCAUGAAAUUAGAUAGUGAUUUGACAGAGUUGGAACUGCGGGGUAGCACAGAGAACACCUUUCAAGUGCCUUCAGUGUCUUCCACUACUCCUCGCCAAUCCAUUUCAAUCGUCCCUCAUCAUCAGCCUCAAAUCGAACAGUGGGAACGUCUAAAUCAGCCUAAUAUUCCUAACAUUCAAGUUCCACAAGAUGAAAAGGUUACCAGAAAAAAGAGAAAACGAUGUGGAGAAUGUCCUGGUUGCCAGACGAAACAAAAUUGUGGACAAUGUGGCCCAUGUAAAAGUGUGAGAAGUCAUCAGAUAUGUAAAAUGAGGAAAUGUGAGCAGUUAAAAACUAAAAAAGAAAAA